AUGUUAAUCUCCCUACUCCUCUUAUCGACCUUACCUCUCGCCCUCGCCAACCCCCAACCAAAUGGACCAAGUCCAAUUCUACCAGCUGAACCCUCAGCACUAGCUUCCAGCUCUAAACGAGGUAUAACAGCUACUCUAUCUCACGGUGCCGGCACAGCCCGACGUGCGAAGGGAUAUGCUAAAGCCAAGAGGGACGUUCCACCUCAGAGACUACGACAUCGUCAGAAAAGACAUUCAUCCUCGAAUCUACAGAUAAGAGCAGACGACGAAGGUCUACCGCCAAGUUGGCUGUUAUGGGCUGGGGCAAGGAUAGACUCAAAAUAUAACAGUGGAUCAGGUGGUUUCUCAGCUGCUUAUGCUAAAGUUAUAGAGAAGAGGGCUGAUAAUGGGGAAAUAACACUAACGAACCAUAAUCUUGAUACAUCCUACUCUGCCACUCUGAACGUCGGUACACCCUCACAAAGCUUGGACAUUGUCUUAGAUACUGGAUCAUCGGAUCUAUGGGUAGCUUCUGAUGCGUGUACGACGGGGGCCUGUACGAGUAUGGACACAUACGAUGAUACGUCCAGUACAUCCAAGGUCAACCUGUCAUCUUCAUUCUCCAUCGAAUACGGAUCAGGAACAGCAGCUGGAUCCUUGGUGCAGGACCUGGUCACUCUAGGUGGAUACUCGGUAGCCUCCCAGACUUUCGCUGCUUGCGAUGAAGUCAGUUCUGGUCUGCUUAGUACUGGUGUCAGUGGGAUCAUGGGUUUGAGUUGGCCCGCUUUGGCUUAUUCCAAGGCUACACCUUGGUGGGUUACUCUUGCCAAAUCGUCUUCAUGGUCCGAACCCCUAUUCGCUUUCCACUUGGCUCGAUACCGAAACGUAGCUGGAGCAAGCUCUGUCGAAGCAGAUGGUGGGGUUGCUACUUUUGGAUUCUUGGACUCUUCUAUAUACUCUGGCGAUGUUACCUAUGUCUCAGUCAGCGGUAGUGCCCAAUAUUGGCAGAUCCCUAUGGCUAGUAUGACCAUGCAAGGCGAGACCGUCUCACUCGGUUCAUCCAACAUGGCAGCCAUCGACACCGGAACAACCCUAAUCGGAGGUCCCGAAUCAAUCAUCGAAGCUAUCUACGCCAACAUCCCAGGAUCACAACGAAUGACCGGCUCUUACGCACCAUACUUCGCUUAUCCCUGCUCUACCACUGUCGACUUUGAAAUUACCUUUGGAACCUUUACGAUCAAAAUCACUGAUCAGGAUUUCAAUCUUGGAAGAUACACCUCGGAUACAACUAUGUGUACCGGAGCGGCUUAUGUCCAAUCCCUCUCCUCCAGCUCCCCUGUACAGUGGAUCGUAGGAGAUGCAGCUCUCAAGAACACCUAUACCGUCUUCCGAUAUAAUCCCGCUGCAGUUGGGUUUGCCAACUUAGCUGGAGCCAUCACGUCUUCCGAGGCUGCCGCGUCAACCACUAUACCUGACGCUUCUGCUAUCGCUGCUACCUCUGUUGCUGCCACAACCUCCAAAUCUAGCAGUUCAGCUUCAACCACUUCAAGCUCAGCUUCGAACGCUUCCAACACUCAGGCAAGUGCCUCGGCAGGGUCAGCUCAUGUGGUCACCGCUACGGAUGAUACUUCAGCUUCAGCUACUUCCAAUUCGGAUAGCUCUGCAAGUGCUACCUCUUCAUCUUCCGGUUCGACCUCGGGCAGUUCGAAGGGAUUGGCUGUUCCUGCAUUUACGGUAGUAUUGGGUUUAGUGGGAAUAAUCACCUCAUUCUCAUAA